GGUGGGUCAACAUGAACGCUCUGACUGUGAUUUCCGUGGCGGCCCUCGUGGCUAGCGGCAGCGCCUCCUUGCUUGCAUACAACGGCGUAUAUGGAGGCCAUCACGGCCUUCUUGGCGCCUAUCCUUAUGCAGGUUAUUCUGGUGUGCUGCCCUACGCAUACGCAGGUGUCCUUCCCUCAGCUGCUCCUCUCACCUUCCAAACACCUGUAAUCAAGACUGUGGCUCCUGCACCUGUCUCUUACAACGUGGGUCCUGCACCUGUAUCCUACAAUGUAGCUCCCUUCUCACCUGUAGCACCUAUCCAGUCUCAGUACCACGCUCAGGACGAGAUCGGUCAGUACUCCUUCGGUUACUCCGGCGGUCCAUCUUCCCGCGCUGAGUCUCGAGACGCCUUCGGUGUUGUCCGUGGUUCGUACAACUACGUGGACUCUGAGGGAAAGGUUCAGACUCAGCAUUACGUGGCUGACGCCCUUGGAUUCCGUGUGUCCGGCACCAACCUUCCAGUGGCUCCCGACGCCCCUGUGACUGCCCCUCUGGCCGCCCUUCCCGGUCCCCUUCCCGAACCCGUCCAGGACACUCCUGAGGUAGUCGCCGCUAAGGCCGCCCACCAACAGGCUUACGACGAAGCCGCUGCCGCCGCCGCUGCCGCCCCCGACACCCGUAAGAAGCGCUCCAUCCUUGCGGCUCCCGGCCUCGGCGUCUACUCUCCUCUCCGUUUCUCCUACGGCUUCUCCACUCCCCUCCACUACGCCCACCUACCAACCUAUGCUUCUCCUCUCCACUACACUGCCGCCCAUCCCGCCCUCACCACCUACAACGCCGCCCAUGUCCCCACCACAUACACCGCCGCCACCGGACCUGCUCUCCGCGACGCCGAGCUCCUCCGUGUGGUCCACAACCCCGGCCACGCCACCUCCUACCGCGUGCUCAACUGAGUAGCGGGAAUCCAGUCAGUCAUGUGAGGUGUGACAAGUGCAUUUUAUGAAGUUUUGUCACUCCUCACUAUUUGUAGAAAGAGCGAAGUAUGUUAGUUUCGUUUUUUAAGUAAAAUUAUAUGGAUGUCA